UCCAACCCCCUCAUCCACCGCAUCUGCCUAGUCCCGCACGUCGAUUCCAACCACACCUUCCAUUUCGAGCCCAUCUCCUGCGACCUCAGAUAUGGCGACAUCCCCGUCAGCAUCGGUCGCUUCACAUCUCGAUCAGACAGAGGGGAGAUAGUUUUCAAAAGCAAAGUAGUCUCUCACUUUCAUGCAGAGAUCUGGGUAGACAAUGGCAAGUUCUACAUCAAGGACACCAAAUCGUCAUCAGGCACUUUCCUCAAUCAUAUCCGCCUUAGCCCUGCAGGCUCUGAGAGCGCACCACAUCAGUUAAAACAUGGCGAUAUCGUACAGCUCGGCGUCGAUUAUCAGGGCGGUACGGAGGAUAUCUGGAAAUCCGUUAGGAUAAGGAUUGAAGUCGGACGCGAAUUACAG